UCAGCCAGUGAAACACUUCAUGUGUUAAACUUGUUAAAGGGGAAGUGAUGAAGCUGAAGGCGUCUCGCUGCUGCUCAGACUGAUGUUCAGUCGUCAUCCAGACACGAUGAAGACUCCGUGUGUCUCUCUGCUCCUCGGUGUGUGUGUGCUGCUGCUGUCUGCACCGACUGUUUCUGCAGUGUCUCUGUCUGUCAGUCCAAACCUUCAGCAGUUCUUCAGAGGAUCUUCUCCAGUGUAUCUGAGUUGUGUUGAUGAUGGACAGACAGCUGAUGGAUGGACAGUGAAGAGGACCAGAGGAAACCUCACUGAGGACUGUGGAGCAGCUGGUUCAGAGUUUAGUAGGUUUAACAGUUCCUUCUGUGGUCUCGGUCUCUCCACUGGUGGAAAUUUCCUGUGUGUAAGCUCAUCUGGACAGCAGAGUGAUGAAGUCUCCAUCAGUGUCUCAGAAGGAGGUGUGAUCCUGGAGAUUCCUGCACUUCCUGUCAUGACAGGAAGUGAUGCCACUUUGUACUGUACACCCAAAGAGGGAGAAAGACGAAAAUCUUACUUCAUCAGAGAUGAUGUUACACUUGGAUCUGGACCUGAAGGAAAGUGGAUUCUCUCUAAAGUCCAGCGGUCUGAUGAAGGUCUCUACUCGUGUUUUACUGAUAUUCAUCCACGUUCUCCUCAGAGCAGACUGAGGGUCAGAGUUCCUCCCAAAAUCAUCCAUCCUCCUCCUCACUGUCCUCCUCCUCCAUGCAACUCCACAAACGUUGCUCCUCCUGUAGAAACUCCUUUUACUCAUCCUCCCUGUUCUUCUCCUCCUCCUGCUCCUCCUCCCUCUCUCCUGGUCCCAGUUGUAGCAGGUCUGGUCUCUGGGCUUCUCCUGGUUCUGGUUCUGGGUGGAGUUCUGUUCCUCUGCAGUAAACUAAAAGGAGGUCGGGGAGCAGACCUGUGGAGCUGUGGAGGUGACGGCUGUCUGAGACGGAGCGUCUGCCUCUGCUUUUCAGGCCUGUUUCUGCUGACUGCUGCAGGUGUGUGUGUGCUGCUGCUGUCUGCUCUGACCGUUUCCACAGCUUCUCCUCCCUGUGAGUCUGUGCUGAGGCUCUUCUGCCAUCUAGUGGUCUUCUCUCCGUACUGCAUCUCCACUGGUCUGCUGCUGUCCAUCUGUUGGAGCAGGAGGACACCGAACAAACCGGCCGUCUCCAUGGAGAUGAUCCAGCGUGAUGGAGGUGGUCAGGGACUGGCUGAAGAUGGUGAUGAUGUCACUGCUGAUGUCACCACUGAGCAUGCCUUCUGAGCUGCAGACUGUGUGUCAGGGUACCAGCAUCUGCAGUAUUUCUGUAUCUUGGUUCCCCUUUUGCUGUAUUGGAGAAAAGUUCCAGUGUUUACUGUCAGUGUGGAUUAGUUAGGUUUGAGUUUAUCGCUUCAUCCCUGUUUCCUGUGUAAGUCUGUCCUCUGUUAAGUUAUGUCUCCUGUGUCUCAUCUCCCUUUGUUUCAUGUUUUCAUUCCAUGUCUCCUCUGUCUGUAUUGUGCCUCCUGUACAUUCUCUCCAGUCCAUCAUGUGCGUCUCCUCUCGUUGUCUUCCAAGUUCGUCUAGUUCUUCCCUCCCGUCUCCUGUGUCAUGUUGUGUGAAUUAAUGUUUCCUGUUUUACUUUGACAGUGUCACGCCCUGUGUUCAGUUUUUGUAGUUUUGCUUCCUGUGUGUCGUCAGGUCCACUCUCCCUAAUUACCCUUGUGUGCUUAUAUUGUCUGUUUUCCUCUGUGUCUCAUCUCAUGGUCCAGUUUUCCUUGUUUUUUUGCUUUAUUUUCCCCAGUUUAGUCAGUGAGUCUCAGUUUCACAUUUUAUGUAUGUCAACAUUCCAGCCUCAAUAAAUGACUGUCUUUCUGUUCAACCUCA